CCAGUCUGCCGCACCUCUCGGACGUGUCGGUCGAUGACGUUCUCAUGCCCCGGCUUGCGCUGCCGCGCGCCUGCCGCCUGCAUCUGUCCGGCACGGUCGACUCGGUCUUUCUGGAGACCUGGGUAGGCAUGGCGCGCCACGGGCAGCUCAGGACAAUAAAUCUCAGGGACGACGGGAAUUAUUAUGUGGAUGAGCUCCCGGCUUUUCUCAUGGACUCCAACUGCACGGCGCUGCGGUGGGACCUGCUGGAGCUCGGGGAGUUGCAGCGGCCGGUACAGUUUGACCCGGUGUCCUUCCGGCGGCUGACUCACCUCAGCCUCACCGGCGCGCACCUGCACAUCGUGCUGCCGCAGGCGCUGCCGCUGCGUGUGUUGCAUGUGAGCGCGAGCAACCUCAGCGUCGCAUGCGUCAACCCCCGGGCGCUGGGGCAGAGUCUGACAGAGCUCAAGGUGGUGUACAAGUCCCUCAAGGGCUGCGAUGUGUUUGUGGUGGUGGCGGUUAUGGCGGGUUUAGGUAAGACAGUCAGUAAAGUGGAGGUGCCUGGAGACUGGGAGCCCUGGGAAGAGCACGAUGGAUUCCUAGUGGGUGGGUCAUUCGGUCGCUGGAAGUGCUCCUGCAGCGCUUGCCUCGCCUGUCUGCAGCCAGGCGCUUGAUGCGCGCACAGUGAAAGUGUUUUGAUGACUAUUUUUCUGUGACUGGGAUGAAUAAGGUAGUCCAUAUGCAGCAACAGAGUGACUGUGGGUACGCGGUAGGCUUGUGACAAAGAAGCUUGUUGGGCUCGAUGCAGCAGCAGAAAUAGGACGCUGAAGCUCUUGCCAGACUGUGGCAAUAAUGUAGAUUGUCUACAUUGUGUGUUACAAUCGCCCGCACAGUUCUGCAGUCGUCUGGGCUGACACCAGUGUGCCUUACAGCUCCAGCCCUAAGUGAAUGACGUGCUUAUUAUGCUUUUGCCCUCUCCAUGCAAACCCUUUUGCUCUUGUGCAAUCAGUGUUCUGCCUCAUCUUCAAGCUACAGUACCACCCAGUGGGUGCCACCCACUUGUAAUAUGACUGACUGGGAACAAGUGCUUUGUGGAGGAC